AUGGAGAAGAGGUCAGAGAAACUAAAGCUUGACCCUAUUACAGGUGAACUAACAGUAACAAGGCUACCAAUGAAAAACUAUGAUAAUGUCACUCAUAAUGAUAUUGCAGAAGCGGGCUUUUUUGGAGGUAAUUUUGCCGCACCAGCUGAGGAAGACAACCUUUUAAUAUUCCCUACGCUAACAAAGCUACCAAUCGCCAAUAGUAGUGAUAAUUUGCUUAAUUCGAAUGUAGCUAGAGAAGUAUCUUUUGGUGGUAGCUUUGUCGCACCACCUGAUAAAGACAACAUUGUAAUAACCCCUCAGUCUUAUGGUAAGGAAGAAGUUUCAGUCGAAACCAUGCAUAUUUCCUGCCAAUCUGACAUAUAUCAACCUGGUUACAACUAUGGCGGAGUGAUUAUUUACCAAUACGACAGCAAGUCAGAAUGGAGAACUGCCAACAACAUGCACUCACUGCAAGUCUGGCUAUAUCGUCAUUCAAGACUCAGAUUCAGAAAAUGUUAAGAAGUGGAUGAGUAAAGAGCCUGGUUACAGUUCACGGAACUGUCUACAGAAAUGCCUUCGGUGAAUCUGUGAACGACGCGGAAGUUGUUGGCGAAGGUUUUGCGAUACGGAAUGAUAAGUUGUUUGAAACGUUUGAAAUUAAUUCAAGCGUUUUCAACAACCCACCGGGCAGUCAUUUCACGAUGAUCGCAGAAGGAUGCAUGAAUUAUCAGAGCAUUGCGUCAGAAAGAUAG